AUGGCAUUUGUUUAGUGAAUGCAUUGCAAAAAGUGAUCCAAUAUUUACCAAACAUUUGUAUUUCUGCACUCAUUUGUCUCUCAACACACUUCACGUUGGAUUCACCACCGGAUCAGAUGUAUAUCUACGGCGGCGGAGGCGCUAACGGCGGUCACCACACGUCCGGUCAUGAAGACCUGCGCCAGUGUUGGCACGAACUCAAGUCAGCCAUUCUUCGCAUAUACCGCGAGUCGGGUCUCGUCUUGAAUCACACGUUUAUGACACAGAACCGCAUCGAUGUCUCCCCGAAGCACAACCAACCCCUUCCUCACAACGACACUCUCAAAGACAUCGUUCAUAAACUCUGUGUUCACGAUCGGCACAAACUAUACCAAUGCCUGGAAGCGCAGGUCCGGCUGUUUGUGGUGGAGAUGCGGCUAAAUCUGUUGAAACACUUAGAGCACGGCUCGCAGGCGCUGUUCGAGGCGAUGAUCGACCAAUACGGCCGACUCUGUCGGGCCAGCAAACAGACGGCACAAUUCCUACAGGAGCUCGAGUCCAAGCAUUUACGCAAAUUCAACCUCACGUGGGAGUUCCUCAACCGGAGGCUCUUCCAGAGCACUGUCUAUUCCGACACUUUCAUCAAACAUGGGUUACCAAAACUGACGGCGCUGACCAAAGACAGGUCACUGAUCGAUAUGUACGCCCGGUUUCUCAAGUUCGAGGACGAGAUGACAGUGAUAUCAGUGGUUUGGCGCGAAGCCCAACAGUUCAUCGAUAAAUAUGAAAAAUUCGCGAUUUUGAACAAAAAACGGGCCCUAAUUAAAGAAUGGGAACAAUUUAGCGUCGAGUGGGUAUUAGACGAUCACGUGUCCGGCGGCGGCGGUGGUGGUGGCAAAGGGAAGGCCACCGGCGAGAGUCCGAUGUGUAUAAAGAAGCCGUCGAUUGAGUGUCUGAACGCCCGUUUCCUCGAAGAGCAAAAGUUGUUAAAGUCGGGUAAAAACAUGCAGUCAGUGAACAUCGAAAUCGAGAUCAAUUCCGCACUACAAGAGCAGACACUGUUGGCCGCGUACGGCGAAUGGGACGCCAUCGACAUCAAGACAAUAGCGACGAACCUGCCGUCGGUGGCCGCGGCGGCCAACAAGCAUCUCAAGUCGGCCACCGCUGCCACGCAAGUGGAUCUCCUAUUGACGAGCAAAGCGUUGUCAUCGGCGGCGAAGAGCGGCGGUGGCCACGACUCGCCCUCAUCGGUCAAAGUGGGCGAUCAGUGCGGAGGCAGCGGCGGGCGGGUAUGCGACUGUUGCUACUGCGAAGUGUUCGGUCACGGGAUGCCAGCCGUGGCGCCCACUUCUCGCAACUACAACGAAAUGCGCGAACGAUUACGACUCAGACUAAGCAAACGAAAGGCCGAGAAGUGCGAGAAGAACGGUCUGACCACACAAGCGAUGGCCGCCAUUGCCAUCGGCAACGACACGGGCGGUGGAGGCGCCGCCGCCGUUGCCUCCGGUCUGACGAGUAAAUGCAAAGAGAGUAGCAAUGCUGGAGCCGUGGCCUCCGGUGCGGACCCGCCCGCGAGGGAUGAUAGAGACCUCGAAGAGUUGAUUAACUUUAUUAACGGAACCGAUAGUAAAGAUAAGAGGAAUAAAGCGAAGAGAGAGAAAGCGAAGAAACAGAAAAACAAAGACAAAACGAAGACAGAGAGAGUGGGAGGAGGGGUGGCGUCGGUCGCGGCUUCCGUUGACCAGAAGCCGUCGGAAGCGCCGAAACAAUCUUCCAAUAGUUCUGCGAAUAAUAUGGCCACUGGGCCGACGGCGACCGCAGUGACCGCGAAGUCAGAGCCGACAAAGUUGGCCGACAAUAUUAAGUUAAACUUAAUGGUCGCCCAACAGCUCUCAGCACAGCAACACCGGUCACCGACGGGCGCCACCACUACUGCCAAGCAUCUCAAUAACGCCGCCGGACUCAACGGUCUGACGACGACGACGGCCGCCACUAACGGCGGCCACACCGCCAAGAAUGCCAACACCAAUGGCAGCGCUAAGACUAAUGGCAGUAAUAAGAAGAAGAUCAAGAUAUCCAACGACCGAAACGGCAAAGAGGACAACCAUUACGGCCACACGACGGCGACAUCGGUGGCCAACCAUCACAACCACCACAACAACAAUAUAAUUAAUAUAAAUAACGCCAACAAUAAGCUGUUAAACAACGAGCAACAGCUGCCGAAGCAGCCGCUCGUGGUGUUACCCAAUGGCGUGAUUCCUCACCACAAGCAAAACGGAUCGACGGUCGGUGUGGCCAACGGCUCAGCCAAACAUAAUCAGCAACUGAUACAAAACAACCAGAGCUCACAGUCACCCGAAAGGGCGGACAACACCGAUAUUGUCCGACAGAUAUCGAAACAAAAGCAAAACAAAAUCAAUCGAAACCUACGCAAGAAGAAUAACACAGAGGAAGCGCUCUCUCCAGAUGAGGUCUUUAUGCCGAAAGAUAUUGAUUUAGAUAACGGAGAACUCGACGAAUUCGAGAAAGAAUUAGAGGCUUUCAAAAGAUUCUGUUUCAAUUCGGUUCCGCUUAAAGUCAAAGAGAAAGUAAACGUAAACCUGAAAGACAUUGUCAUUAAGAAGAAGGAGUGA